GUCACAUGUUUUUCAGGUUUACGUAUGAGUGAAUGAGAGAGAGCAGCACUGUCAGUACGCGCUAUGGCCUCUCUCACUGAUCAGCUGGAGGAGGUGAGGGUGAAUGCGGAGGGCAGUUUAUCUUCUCCAGGUUCUGCCCAGGAGAUGAGGGCAGGGGUGGAAGCUAUGGCCAACAUCCCCCUUCCACCCUCCAGCAAGUAUCGCUGUAUAGCUGCCGAAAUCAUGUUGACAGAGAAUGGUAGUGGCAAUAACAGGAAGGAGUCCCUUGCCCUUCUGCAGAAACUUUCUACUGCUCUUAACAUCUUGGAGAAGUAUGGCUCCAAUCUUACCAACCCCAGCAGACCUAAGUACUGGCGUACAGUAAAGUACAACAAUCCUGUCUUCAGGACCACCGUAGACUCUAUUCAGGGUGGCAGAGCAGUACUUAACCUGUACGGCUACACCAAUCAGCAGCAGGAUGGCUUGAGCUUUCCUGAUGAAGUUGUCCAGCCAGAUGUUGGCAAGGUGGCGUCAGUGACUCUUGAGGUCAUGUGUCUACGAAUGGAGCUGGACAUGCUAACCAAGGGCACCCAUCCUCAUCCAGAGUUUUUUGAAAGACUUAUUCCCUCUCUCACUGUGCAGGUGGAAGAGGGACUCAGCACAGAUGCAGUUGUCUUCAGUCCUAGUGAGAGAGCAUCGGAUAAACAAACUCCCUCACCUCUGCCUAGUCCUCCUCAGCCUAAAUCUCCUUUCUGUCCAGCUCUCUCACUCUCCUCUCUGGUCCCCUCUACACAAACAGAGAACUGCACCAUAUGUGGCAUCUUUCCAGUGUCUGCUCACUGUCCCACUUGUACCCAGAAGCUUUGCACAGAAUGUGAUAGACUCUAUCACUCUCAUUCUGGACGGUCUACACACAUCAGAAUCCCCGUGACUUCCUCAAAACCCACAAAGCGACUCAGCUCAUCACUGUCAACAUGGCAGUGUUCAUACUGCACUACAGUAAAUUCGAUGCUGCAGGUUUUGUGUGAAACCUGCGAUCGUCCCCGUUUGUCCUCUGCUGCUCCAUCACUACAGGAGGAGUCAUCACAGCCCUCCACAAUAUCUGAGUGGCAGUGUAAAAGCUGCACAGUGGUGAAUGCAGGCAGCAGUAUUCUAUGUGAGGUUUGCGAACGCCCUCGUCUAGCCACCCGACCUCCUGCCGUACCCCCACGAGCAACUCCCUCUUCCACAGCACUAAUGGACAGCCAGUGGAUUUGCCAGUUUUGUACAUACGUCAACCGGACACCAUCGACUGUAUGCGACAUGUGUUGUCUAUCAAGAUCAGAGCCUUCCAUAUCACCCUCUAAGCCCCUUCCACUAUCACCAGUCAAGGACCUCCUACCUCCUUCAGCCACACCCAAAACCACGCCCACCGAAGACCCUGAUUUAAAGCGACAGAAACUGAUGAAGGAGGACGGGCUCAAACUUAUUCAGCUCAUUCGCGAGGGAGAGAAGAAAGGAGUGAGCCCAGAGGAGGUUUACACCAGCAUGCGUGUGUCAGGAAACAGUAACGUAACGCCGCAUGAUUGGCUGAAGACAGAGCUCCCUCAUGUGCUUGAUGAGAUCUGUGUGAUGGCUGCAUCGUGUCAGCAAGAGCCCAAUGGUUCAGGGGGGAACAAUGGCCAUGAUGGACUAAAGGGCAACCCUGUGCCCCUGUCCAGAGCAGAAGCUAAACGUGCUUGGCUGACAGCAGGUGGCGAUAAUGAGAAGGCCGUUAGACAGGCUCUCAGAGACCGCAGAGUUAAAGUAAAAGAGCUUGGCUCUCUGGGCUUUAAUGAUGCGACCCGCUGUGAAGAAGCACUGAGGCAGAGCGGAGGGGAUGUGAGGGGGGCUCUCGUCCUGCUGCAGCGCCCUUUACUGGAGCCCUUCCAUCAGCGCAUGUGGAGCGAAGAACCAGAGCCCCCCAUCGACAUCAACCAUCCAGAUAAACAGCAUGUUUGCCGUAGGCUCCUAGCAGUGUUUGAUCUGCCCAGUUGGGGGCGCUGUGAGCUGAUUUUGUCUUUGCUAAGGGACCCUGCAGUCAAUUACACAUUGGAAGACGUGGUUCAGGCUGUGCGUGAAUCACCUGACCGGGACUUCAUUCGACGCGUGCUGAACAAAGAAUGCCCCAUCUGCCUGUCAGUUUUUCCCCACAGCAAGAUGCGGUCUCUGACAUCAUGCCAGUGCUCGGUGUGCUGUGGCUGUUUCCAGCAGCAUUUCACUAUAGCAGUGAGAGACAAACACAUCAGAGACAUGGUGUGUCCUGUCUGCACAGAGCCUGACAUCAACGACCCCGAGCACCUUAACAGCUACUUCUCCACACUGGACAUACAGCUCAGGGAUUGUCUUGAACAAGAGGUGUAUGAGCUCUUCCACAAGAAGCUGACUGAGCAGGCUCUCAUCAAGGACCCAAAGUUUCUGUGGUGCAGUCAUUGCUCAUACGGCUUCAUCUAUGACGACGAUCAACUCAAGGUCACCUGUAGCCAGUGCAGGAAAAGCUUUUGUGCUCAGUGCAAAAAAACAUGGGAACCACAGCACAUGGGUCUCUCGUGCGAGCAAUUCCAGCUGUGGAAGCGAGAGAAUGAUCCUGAAUAUCAGAGGCAGGGUUUGGCUGGAUACCUGCGUGACAACGGCAUCACUUGUCCUAACUGUAGGUUCCAGUAUGCUCUGGCCAGGGGCGGCUGCAUGCACUUCAGCUGUUCUCAGUGCAGAUAUCAGUUCUGCAGUGGAUGUAACAACCCCUUCCACACAACAUGUGCAGUGAACCAGUGUACUGUGACAGGUCUGCAUGCCCAUCACCCCAGAGACUGCCUCUUCUACCUCCGAGACUGGGAGCCUGCCAGGCUUCAGGCCUUACUGCAGAAAAAAGGGGUGAACUACAAUACUGAAACUGCACCAGGAGCACAGACUGGUGUGUGUGGAGUGAUCGAGCAGAAAGAUGAAGGGCCUCGUCCGACCGAUUCUCCAUGUGGUGCUCAGACUCAGCCGGGUCAGGCGGGACUCUGCGAUAAGCAUUAUCGAGAGUACCUGGUCAGCCUCAUAAAUGGCCAUUCGAUUGAUCCGGCCCUUCUUUUUGCAAUGGACGAGCUAACAGUAGCCUGCAGGAGAUACCAUGUGGACAUCACACUGCUGGACAGAGAAGAUGAACAAACAUACUUUGCAAGACUGCUUAAGAAACUCAUGGAUGAUGUGCCUCUGGGUGACAAGGUCCUUCGCAAGAAGUGAAGACAUUUUUACUAUGUUCAUUUAACCUGUGUUGACUAUUUUAACCCUGUGCGUCCGCAGCUCCACUUGAUGUUAGCUGUGAGGACAACAGAAUGUUAAACAGUGCUUCCCUAUUCCCAAUGUGAUGUAGUUGCACACAUUUGCACAAUGCAGACACUGUAUGCUUUCAUCUACUUCUCAAAGGUUUUGUGAUUGAAAACUCUUUCUUUUUAAUAAUCAUGUUUUACUUUAAUCAAAUAGCAUUAUAGCUGGAAGAUUUAAAAAUGACACCGUUUGUAUUACAUUUAAAUGGACAAAAUUUUUUAAAUAACAGCAUUUUAAAUGGUUUUUCUUUCCAUUUUUCAUUAUUAGUUUAACCAAAUUAAACUAGAAACUACAUUGCAGAUUUAUAUGAUGAUCGGUGUCAAAUGAUGUACAAUCAAAGUAAAUAAUGGCAUGACGUUUUAAUUGUGGGUCAAUAUGUAUAUACAUAUGUAAUUAAACAUAAUUUAUAAAAAGUUGAA